GAUAAAAUCAUGUGACUACUAUUUAAGUUCAACUAAAUUGUUUUUCCCGUCUCAUUUAAUCAGAGUCAAUAGCUGUGCAUAUGUAAAGCUGUUUAAUAACUUGAUUAAAAAAUAACCGGAAUAACCUUCUUCAUUAUGUUAAAGCGUUUAUAAAUGGAUCCAAUAUAAUAAAGUAAAAAAGCCGACCAUAAAUUCAAACGUCAAAAUGUUGUCAAAGCGGACUCCUCCUGGGCCUGCACAUGACAACAAUGAGUAUGAGAAGCAGUCGAAGUCAAUGGUUUCUUGCCCAGUGUGUAAAACUAAGUAAGUAAACCCACUAAGUAAGUACUAUAAUUUAAUGCAACUUUUAGAAUUCGUCCGUUCUUGGUGCCAUGGCCUGUUGGUCCUAAGUUACAAAAGCUUGAAACUCAUUCAUCAAGGCGUGCUGCCUAACACUAACUUUGUCUUGGUAAAAAAUAAAAAAAAUAAAAACUGGGCUGUAACUGUAACUUAAAAUGUAAUAAGUAUAAGAUUCAUUAUUUUAAGUUUAAAUCACAUUGUCAUUGACAAAGAUAGUAGGCUACUCAAAUUGUGAAUACAUUACUUUAAAACAUAUACCUGUACUGUGGCAUGCCUGCGUAGUAGAGUAGGCCUAUAGUUAUAGUCUAUAGUUAUAAUUUAUUAUUAUGGCAUAUAUAAUAUAUACUAAAUAAUUGAAUGCCCUUUUGCCUUUUAAAACUUUCAAAUUAGACAUGACAUAAUAAAAAAAAUUAAGUUAUUUUUAAAGGAAUGCACUGUAGUUAAUAUUAUAUACAUUGUUGUAAGAGAAAAAUAAAUAAAUUAAUAAAAAAUAAUUUAAGCACUAACCCUAAGGCACCUUUGAAUUGUGAGAUGCUAUGAUUAGCCACUUCGAUGAGAUCCGGGAAUUGCCGAAAACCGGGUAUCGUGAUUUCGUUAUCAAAAUGGCGACCUCCACUUUUUAAUUUACCGAGACCCUCGUUGUUUACGAUUUUUUUUGCUAAUUUUAGCCCAGCAAGAACAUUCUAUUUCCACCCACAACUUUGAGUAGACAUGUCGUUUUAUGAUUAGACACUUUUGUUCUUAAAAAUAUUUGAGGUCUUAACUUUGAAAAUUGAAGGUAAAAUAAUGCUUAUUUUACUCAUUCAUAUUUUUUUUCUGGAAAGGUUGUCUUUCUCAAAUAAAAAGACGAUGGGAGAUAAUAACAUAAAUUACAACAUAUAAAAAAUUCAAGAGAUUAGCACUGUUACGCACUGACUUGUAUUAGGAGAAAUUAAUCUCCUAUUUUAAUUUUAAUUGGCUCGUUGUAAACAGUGCCUAACAAAGGACGAUACCAUAGAAUCAACAAUAUUAAAGAUACGACCCAAAACAGUUUCUAGUUACAAUUAAUAAGAUUUAUUAAGUCUAAAGAUAAUUACAAAAGAAAAGAAAAUAUAAUUACAAUCUUCAACUUACAGUAUGGUAGAUCUUGUACCGGUACAUAGUUAAUACAGUUAGAAUAAUGUGCCAAUGAAUAAUGCGAAGGAAACACAUAUGAGUACACAAAUAUACAAAGAAUAUAACACGCCUCGUAAAGUUAAUAAAAUCUAUCUAAAUCUCUGUCGCCUCGUAUCUGUCAAUCCUUUAUAUACAUGUAGCGUAAGACGCUUCCAGAAGGACCUAUGACGUGUUGUUUACAUAUCUCGGGUUAAGGAGUACAUUAGAGAAGUUACCCGGAGACAUUCUACCCAAUGCGUAAUUGGAAGCUGAUUGUAAACAAGCUACAUCAAAGAGAUUUAGCCACGCCCACAACAGACGUUACUGUCUGCUAGGAGUGUACUACGAGGUCGGGAAAGUUCACGCACAGGAAAUUGUGCUACAUAACAAGCACAACAGGCCUAGAAAAGUAUAGUAUUUUAUAAGUAUAGGCCUAGCUCCUGCCCAACUCAUUAUUUGUGUGACACAUUAUUUGUUAUUUGUAAUGAUAUUUUAAUGAAUAUUAUGAUUCUUAAUGCAUAGAUUAAGCAAAAAUGUAAAAAAAAAAAAUAGUCACUUACCUUUCAUAUUGAAAUAUCCUAUAUUUAAUCACAUAUCACAAUAUUUCACAAGAGAAUUAUUACAUAAUCCUUGUAUCAAUGCACUGCUUCAUGUCAGAUCAAUGAAUGCCCCUGCUUUAAUAAAAUAGUAAUGAAUGUAUUCUCUUUUUCCUUUUUGCAUCUCAUGCAGCCACUUACCCACUAAAGGAAACUUGACCAAUGGAGUUUAUGCUUGUACAUGUGAAAAUUGUGGCCACUUCUUUAAAUUCAAGGCUAUCCAAGACAUAAAAAGUACAGUGACAUUCAAAAUCAAUGGAGUUUCUUACACGGGUAGGUUUAAAGUAAUUCUAAUAUUUGAAACUUUUAGCUACAGUAGAUGCCAUACCUUGUGGUGUAUCUAAGAGAAAAAACACUCUACCAACCUGUGCUGCCUUGUCUCUACAAACCCCAUGGUCAAAAGCUUAGGGACUUAACCCUUACAGAAAAUCCAGAGAUGCAGUCCUGUAGACAUUUUGAUUUUGCACAAUAUAACUGCGCCACCAACUUCUGUGACAUGCCUGUCUUCAAGCUGUAUCAUUCAUGUUACACUGGCUUUUUCUUAUGUGUAUGAGAUAACUUUCAUUUAGACCUCAUACAAACAUUUCACCAAUAAUGAUUCUAAAUAAAAUCUACUUUUAAAAAAUAAUAAUAAUUGCAACAAAUCACUAACCACCCAUCCCACGAGAUUGUAAAUCUCUUAGUUAUAUAGUGAUUCUAGCGAUGAUUAGCGAUACAACAUCGACAAGCACUUUCAAAAUAGUUAUAUAUACUUUAUCUCUUAUGCUAUUGCGUUAAGUUAUGAACAAGUAGAGGUAUGAAUUUGAAGCUUCUUUCGAUAUGAGGCCUGCAACAAAUAUUCCGCCUGCAAUUUAUAAUCCCCACCCCAUUUCCUAAGAGGAGAUAGAAUUAAUAUGUUAGAAUUUAGGGUCAGUAAUCUUCUCAUGAACAUAAAAAAACUCCCCUCAACUAAGCCCUUCAGAGAUUUCGAACAAAAAGAAUAAAGACAUUUCUUAGAAAGUGGAUUCAAGUUGAAUUAUAAAAGUAUGAAUAAUCUUUAUCUUUCCAAAUAUCAAACACCCAUGGUGUUCCUUUUACUAAAUGCAGUUCGAGGCAACGUCUCAAAAUCACCCUCCCUCCCUCCCACAUCUAUUAAGUAAUGUCAAUUAUAAACAUUAACAAAAGUGCAGCAAAGGUUCGUUACUUUCUUGACCUUUUCCUUCCCACGUACACUUCUGCUGAUGCUUACUCCCAUCCAAUGGUCUCGGUUUCAGACCUUUACAUUAAGCCAAGCCUAUUUUUACCCAUUUGAUUAUAAUGAAUUUGUUAAAAACUUAAUGUAGUAAAUAGAUUUUUCUCAUGACUAAAUGACAUAACUUUUAUAAUAAGUUUAAGAUGUAGGUUUUUCAAUAGUUACAGAUAUCAUUUUUUGAAGGCCCCCAUGUUCAUAUAAUAAGAGUUGUGUGACCCACUAAUGACAAAGCAGUUCUUAAUCAGACUUUACAUAUCUAUCAGAGCUGUUUGAGUGAUAACAAGCUGCAGUGACGGUACAGAAUAAAAUCAAUUUGGUUUUAAAUCACUGCUAAGCCCCAUUAGUAAUUAACUGAUAUGAUAUGUAGAGUAAAGUUGAUACAAACCAGCCCAAAGGUCUGAACCUCCAACUUUAACACUGAUAUUGAUUACAUUUGGUAGGUAUUGGAGACUACAUGAUAAGAAAUCUGAUUAAAAAGAUGCUUAUAAUAAUGAUUUUUUGUGUGUGCAGUAGAUUUUCAUAUACAAUAUCCCACUGUUGGUGGGGUGUGAGGUGAACUUCUACAUUUUGUGAUGGAUUUUGUAUUUGGAAGAUGGAUAAGGAGGGGAAAUUAUGAGUAUAGAAUUCCUGCCAAAAUUACAUUUGAUUUGGAAAUGUCUGGAGACCCACUGCAAAAUUUUAAAUACCCUUUACGGCAGUGCUUCCCAAACGUUUUUCCCCCCCUCUUCCCCCAAUCCACUAAAUAAAUUUAACCCCCCCCCCCCCCCCACUUCCCAAAUAAGUGUUGAAAAAAAUUAUACUCCAUGCUGAUUAAAGAAGAAUGAAUUUCAAUUCUACGGCCUUUCUAAGCAUUAAGAAAAAGUUACAAUAAGUGAAAUAUAUUUGUAUUGCCAAAUUUGAAAUUUAAAAAAGUUGGUUAACUUAUGAAAAAAAUAAUCCAGUUUUAACUAUUCAUCCCCAUCCCCGCCCCUUUGAAAGUUAAAUACCUUACCUAUAUCCCAGAGCAGGGGCAUAGCUAGAGUUAGUACCACAAGUUUUGACGCCUCCCUGCCACCAAAAAAAAAAAAAGCUUUUGUCCACAAAUGCCCCACCUCCAUUUGAAGAUAAAGGGCCACCUCUCACCCUCCACUUAUUACGCCAGUGUCACAGAGACUAUAAUACUAUGUUGUCCUAUAAUCUUCAUAUUGCCCCCUUGUAGAUCGUGUCACAGAGACUAUAAUACUAUGUCCUCCUAUAAUCUUCGUAUUGCCUCCUUGUGGAACUAUGAUGUAAGUUAGAUAACACUGGUUUAGGUGACUUGACUUCAUUUGAUUGUUGUGUGCGUCAUAAUAAUUUAUAAAUAUAUAAAUUUUUUUUUGUUGGCGGUGAAGGGUGUUCUAAAAUUUGAUUUUUUUUACAUUCAAAAUAUAGAGAUUGGCCCCAUAUAAAAAAAAAAAAAUUUGCAAGAAAGUGGUAAUACUCUUUUUAUGAAUGGCUUCUAGGUCAAAUGACAUUUCAGUAUAAUAAAAUCAAGAAUAAUUCUUUGAGUAUGUUUGCCUCUUUUUAAUGAGUGCUUUAAUUUUAUUAAUUUUUUUGUUCAGGGGAGAUGGUUGGGUUUGGUUUGUGGAUUCUUGAGCCAGAAAAUGCAAGAUAUUAUGUGCAUAAAAAACUUUUAUUUGUGGUGUCGUUUCAUCAUUGAAAUGUGUAGAUAUCUAACUAGGGCAGAACAUAUAUCCCUUUUUUAUAGCAUGGCAAAAAAAUAAUGGCUGUAUCAGUAUGGGGAGGGGGGGGGCAAUAUUUGAAAUAUAUAUUCCUAAACAAUUCUAAUUUUAAAAAAAUUGUUUGUGUCUUCUUUAAGACAAGAUAUCUCUGGGGGGUUUAUUUCAAUACCCAUAUCAAGUUAACACACUUUAAAAAAUUUGGAUCAGGUAGGUCUCAAACCAUGAACACAAUAAACCAGUUCAAAGUUGACAUAUUAUCUUCAGUAGGUUAUCAAUGUCAGAUUUUUUUAAUCACUCUGUUUAUCUGCAUGGAGUCUGUUUUGAUAAUUUGCUAUAUUUUCAACAAAUCAGCUUGAGAUGUUUCAUUUUUUAUUGUCGCUUAAAGUUCUCUACAAGAAACUAAACAACUAAUCAGCUUUGUAAGAAAUUCAAGCCGGGUGGCAAAAAGGCUCCAACACUGACAUAAAGAUCUUUAAACAAAUUGCAACAACCAUUGCAGAUCCAUUGUUAAUUUGUUCAGUAGAUCUAUAGUUAGUUUUGGUCAAUAGAUAAAUAGCUAAUUGUGUAAGGAUGUUUGCCCCAUUUAAAGAACCUACAUCUGUUACAACAUGUCAUUCAUGUGUUACAUUUGAGGUAUUUUCUGAAAAAGUGCGACAUAUUUUUAAUGUCAGAAGCAUUCACAAGUCCUAAAUUUGGACUUAGUUGCAGAGGGCCAUUAACUAAGCAAUGUGCUAUAUGAAAUGACUGACAAACUAUUGUUGCAGUUUAAAGGAUGAGGAAUUAGAAAUAAUAUAAUUUUUUAUUUCUUUGACUGUACGUUACAUCUGAUCCAACCAAUGAAAUCUUUCUGUUACUUCCAGUUGGCAAUGAAUUUGAUCCAGCAACAUCUCUCAACGAAUACAUGCGCCAAACUGGCAUAUCCAGAGGGACGAAAGGCUGCUGUUAUGAAGGAGGAUGUGGAGUUUGUCUUGUGACUGUCAAACUAUUUGAACCUAUUUCAUCUCAGACUGUAGCAUACGCUGUCAACUCUGUAAGUCUGUAUGUUUAUUUAAUUGAGCUGCAAAUGAGAAUUGUUUCUUUUACAAGUCUCGGUUUAAAAAAGAAUUUGCUUUAAAAUACAGUCGCAAUCUUCAACAGUGCUGCUUACAACUCUACACUUGCGAUGGGCUUGAAAUUACCACAAUUGAAGGGCUUGGCAAUCCUAAAGCAGGUCUUCAUCCUAUCCAAGACAGGAUGGCAAAACGAGACGGGGCUCAGUGUGGCUUUUGUACCCCAGGACAAAUCAUGAAUAUGUAUGGGUAAGUCAUGAAUAUUAAUGCAUAGGUCUCAUGACAGAAGAUUCUUCUUUGCCGUAUGAAAAAGUGAAUCCAGACCAGUGAUCUCAGCAGUGGUACAUUAUGUUGUUUUAGGUGUUUAAUAGUGAUGAUGUGACUAACAUCUAAUACAUAUACAGAUAUCCAGUCAUUUGACGCAUAUGGUGGCACUGUAAUUUUUGCUGGCAUCCGUCCGUCACAAUGUGACGAUGGUGUGGGCUUCGGGGGUCGAAAUCCAGAUGGCCUGGGAUUAUUCUUCAAGGAUUAUAAGCUGGUUCCCAACAGCAAAUCGCCUCUCUCCACGCCGCUGGAUAACCCAAGGGAACAUCAUUGGAUGAUACAGCUUGGCACCAGUGACGUCGCAGGACUUGUCGCAAUGUUUCAUUGUACCAAUGUUAUCCGCCUUCGGGACUCCAUCUCCAGGUUUGAUUUCAGAGUUUCCUUCUCUUAGAUGAGUUGCCAUCCAAGGUUGACGAGUCCCAUCCACCCGGGGUGAUGGUGGUGUUUUUGCUUGACUGGGCUCUGGCUGGAAUUGAACUCCAGACCAUCAACUUGUUCAGUUUAGACCAGUAAUAAUCAGCAAUUAAUUUAGGUGGCACAACUUUCCUAAAGUUUGAGAACCAUUGAUUUGAAUUAUUGCUUUGUAACUUCAGUUGUGUCUUUAUUUUUGUACAGGUGUGUACACAUGUUUUCUUAUAUUGUGCGUUUUAUUUUUUAAAAUAUUGUUUCCCCAAAUAAAGAGGUGAUUUUUUUCGUUCUUUCCUCUUUGACACAUAAACCUUUGACACAUAAACCUUUGACACAUAAACCUUUGACACAUAAACCUUUGACACAUAAACCUUUGACACAUAAACCUGCAUAAAAUGAAUGGUUUUGACAAGUUCAAUCUCAGUCUGUGGUUCACCCAUUCAGGUUUUUAUUUAUAUAGGUCUUGAUUUCUUUAAGACUAUGUUGUUACUCAGUUGCUCUCAAAACUAUGGCAUAGUCAUUGUGGGAGCAGCGGUAGCAGCCAUUCUCCGAAACCAUUUUUACAAAAGUGGGACCAUUUCAAAGAUAUAACUUUUUAUCAGUUUGUCAAAAUAAAAAUGUUUUUAAAAAAACUAGUUUAUCGAAGAAAUUUUUUAAAAUCUGAUUAAAUUCUGAAAAAAGGAAACAGUGCUUAAGAUUACUUUAACUUAUUAUUUCAGAGCGUGGGUUUUUAAAGAUAUAAUUUUUGCUCCCUCCAAUGUCACAACAUGGCCACGCUACUGUCUCAAAGAUGAGGCCUGUGCUUUUCAAAAGGAGAGGUCCUGCCAGGGAACUUUGUCAUCAGUUAAUUUCUCAAAUGUAACAUCGCCCCACCUCCCCCUUCCCUCCACUAUCCCUCAGGCUCCUACAGAGAUUCCCCCAACCCACAGUCCAGCAGAUUGAAGAUGAGUUUGAUGCCACUCUCUGCAGAUGUACAGGUAAACAUGAAUCAUUUGCAGGUGUACAGGUAAACAUUAAGUAUUUGCAGAUGUACAGGUAAACAUUAAGUAUUUGCAGAUGCACAGGUAAACAUUAAGUAUUUGCAGAUGUACAGGUAAACGCUAAUUAUUUGCAGAUGCACAGGUAUGUAGAAAAAUAUUGCGUUUUUCAAAUUCCACCCUUCCAGCAACGUUGAAGUGAAGGCAAUGAAUAACACGAUGAGACCACUGUUUUUAGUUCAGAUGCCCUAACUGUGAUUUUUUUCCUUCUAUUUAACCAUUAUUUAUUUCCCUAUAUUAUUACUCAUUUGUGUACUUUAUAAUUGAAACAAUUUAUCAAGAGAAUUUAACAAUUACAUUAUUCUAGGUUACAGAGCCAUUUUGGAUGCCAUGAAAUCGUUUGCCAUUGAUGCUCCAAAAGAACUGAAUGGAAAGUUGAUUGAUAUUGAGGUAUUUAACAUUUCUAGCCCUAAUUACCAUCAAAAUAAAAUUGAUGCAGAAGAAUAAUGCAUUUUUGGCUUUAACCAGCCUGGGAAAUUAAUUAGUUUAUAUACUUAAAAAAUUUUGCUAUAAUGCGGCGGUGUUUGUGCUAAUGAUAUGUUAAUUUAUUUAACUGCACUCGGUUUAGUACUGGUAUAUUAAGUUAAGAAAUAAAAUAAUUCAAUAUUCAGUCUCAACGAGAAAUGAAUUGAUAACACAUUUUUUUAAUUUACCCUCAACUAAAAAAAAAAUUAAUUAGGAUUUGGAAGCAAAACUGUGCAAAAAAACUGGCCAAGCCUGCACUGGUCACUGCAGUGGAAAAAACAAAAAUGGUGGUGCCUGUGAGAACCAGGUCCCGCGACCACUGCACAUAGUAGGUUAUGGUGCUCAGUGGUUUAAGCCUGCGACUGUCCAAGAACUGUUGCAACUCCUGGGACAGCAUCGGACAGAGAACUACAGGCUGGUCUUUGGAAACACUGGAUUCGGUGAGAAAUAUUUACUGUUUUCAAAUACAGUCCUCAUAAACGACGCUCCAUCUAUUUUAAUUCACACCACAUGGUCUUUGAAAACACUAGGUUUGGUGAGCACUUAUUUUGCACAAUCCCCAUGCCCUGUGAGCAGCUAAUACACACUACAUGUGAUUUGUUGAAUAUUUAUUUCGUACAAAAAUCCCCAUGAGCUGUGGUCAGUCUUAAAUUUUAGCACACCACUUGGGAUGUGGUAAAGUUUUCAUUUUUUUUUAAACACACACUCAAUUAUUGGUUUUAUUUUUAAUAAUGCGCUGCGAAGGAAAACAAAUAGUUGUUUUGAACGUCACCCUUGGAUGAGUUGCUAAGGGAAGCUAUCCAGAUUUGUUUAGUUUCUUUGUUAAUUUUUUGAAUCCACUAAAGAAAUGUUUUCCUGUAUCAGGAGUUUACCAAGACUUUGGGCCAUGGAACUUCAAUGUUUUGAUUGACAUAAGAGGACUCCAAGAACUCUACACCAUUCAGGUGAGUGAUUCAAAAUCCUCCACUCUUGUUGUCCUUAUGGUGCUAUUCCUGUUGUUGUAAAGGUGAACUUAGGGAUAGUAUUCCUGUUGUUGUUGUUGUAGUAAGGUGUACUUGUUGAGACUAUUCCUGUUGUUGUUGUAAAGGUGUACUUGUUGAAACUAUUCCUGUUGUUGCUGUAAAGGUGUACUUGUUGAGACUAUUCCUGUUGUUGUAGUAAAGGUGUACUUGUUGAGACUAUUCCUGUUGUUGUUGUAAAGGUGUAUUUGUUGAGACUAUUCCUGUUGUUGUUGUAAAGGUGUACUUGUUGAGACUAUUCCUGUUGUGGUUGUUGUAAAGGUGUGGUUGUUGAUACUAUUCCUCUUGUUGUAAAGGUGUACUUAGUGAUACUAUUCCUGUUGUUGUUGUAAAGGUGUACUUAGUGAUAUUGGUUUUGACCAGAGUUGACUCAAAUUACAAGCGCAGUGUUGCCAUUUUGGGGAAAUCCCAAAAUCCCACGUCAGAUGAAUAGUUGUACCAGAACGAUGUGUACGAUACCCUCCCACUCUUCAUAGAGCAUUAUUCUCACCAUAACCUAAACCUGAAGAUCUAUCAAAUUUAUAUGAAAUGUAUUCAAAUGAACUUUUCCUUUUGUUUUUAUAAAAUUCCACUUACAAGCUUCAAAAAAAUAUUUAAAAGAAUUGUCAUCCCCUGCUGAUAUGCCAAAAUAAACCACCAGUGAAAAAAAAGCAAACAAUUCAAGCGGAUGGCGAAAAAAUGCUGUCUUUUCAUUGGUUAAGAAACAACGAAAUGUUUGUGACUCCAUACCAUGUGCUAAAAGGUGCCAAUAAUAUUACCUUAAUGAAGUCAUGCUUAGUGUGCCGUUCAUUGAUUCAAUUAUGUUAUGCCAUUUCAAUGUACACUACAACAUAAAUUUCUGGUCAGGUGAGGCUCCCCCAGCCCCCCCCCCCCCCCCUUUCCCCAACAAAAAAAAACAAAAAAAGGUUUUUUUUGUCAAAUAAGUAAUGUACAGAGAUCAAAGUCCAAAUCUUUUGAAUACAGAACUAUAGCUGGAAGUAAUCUUGUGCGGACCUCCAUUACCUUUACCUCUAUGGAGGGAGGCAGACAUCGCCAACCAUGCCGCCAAGUAAACCUUAGCCUUCUGUUGUUACAUCAAAAUGGAGAGUUGCUCAGGUGAAGGGCUUGGGGCCAUAAGCGACUCGGUGCAGCAAGAGCUGCCAGGGGAAACAAUUCAGUUAUUCAUAAAUGAGGUUGACAGCUCCUGGUUGCCCUUUUCCUUGUGCAGCAUAAAUUAGAUUAGACUAAGUCUCAGAAAUUGCUUUUAACUUUCAGGAAAAUCAAUUUAUUUCAAAAGUCCUUUUAAAUAAUAAUUAUUGUGGGUUCAUAUACCUGUUAAGAAGAAAGUAGACAUGAUAAUGAUUAAUUUUUGAACAAUAUAUGUUCAAUACAGUUAUGUUUGAAUAUGAAGUAUAAUGGCUAUUUUAUGAUAUAUGUUCAAUACAGUUAUGUUUAAAUAUGAAGUAUAAUGACUAUUUUAUGAUAUAUGUUCAAUACAGUUAUGUUUAAACAUGAAGUAUAAUGGCUAUUUUAUGAUAUAUGUUCAUUGCAGAUAUAUUUGAAAAUGAAGUAUAAUGAGUAUUCUAUGAUAUAUGUUCAAUAUAGAUAUGGUUAAAUAUGAAGUAUAAUGACUAUUCUAUGGUAUAUGUUCAAUACAGUUAUGUUUAAAUAUGAAGUAUAAUGACUAUUCUAUGAUAUAUGUUCAAUAUAGAUAUGGUUAAAUAUGAAGUAUAAUGACUACCCCUUGUUAUGUUUAUAGAACAAUGCCAGCCUUACGCUGGGUGCCAACUUAUCUUUGAGCAAUCUGCAAGAGUUUUUUGCCAAGUCUGUCGGUGACGCCACGCUCCCCUAUGCUGAAACUUUUGCUCACCACCUCCAGUAUGUUGCACAACAUGGAAUCAGAAAUGUAAGCACUGGUGUAUUAAUACUUUGGCCACUUCCUGUGCGUACUGUGGAUCUGUGGGCUUUAUAGUCUGGGGUUAGAGACUUAUUCCUUGUCAAUUACAGAUGAAAGUAGUGUAUGUUAAAACACAUGAAAGUAGUGUAUGUUAAAACACAUGAAAGUAGUGCAUGUUAAAACACAUGAAAGUAGUGCAUGUUAAAACACAUGAAAGUAGUGCAUGUUAAAACACAUGAAAGUUGUGUAUGCUACUCUGCAUGUUUUAAAUUUUAAUAAUCACUAAAUAUGCAUUUAUUGUAAAAUUUUGACAAAACUUUGGCAGAUACUUUCCACCCUCUUCAUGACAGACACCUAAGAUCAGCUCGAUUAAGCGAAUUCUUUCCUUCAAUGUUAGAACCGAUAGAUAUAAUAAUAAUUUGUUCCCCUAUCUAUAAGAAUUUACCACCAUCCCCCCCCCCCCCCCCCAAGCUGUUAAAAAAUCUAAAUAAUCAAGCUUAAAAUCACUAUUGUCACUAACUGAGUGAAGUACCCUGGCAUAUGAUGGCUGAUUUUUUGCGCUGGAGAAAUACUUCAUUUGUUCUGUGUUAAAUUUUUCUUGUUUAAAAUUGUUUAAGAAUAUUUAUAAAUGAAUAUGUGCAUUUUAAAAAAUUAAAAUUUCCAUUUAUUUGGAUCAAUAAGAAGCCUUGUUACUAGAUGUUCAUCUUAUUUAUCUUUUAUCUUGUAAUAAUUUUUUUUUUUUUUGUAAUGCAGUAACUGAAGCAUUUUUUUUCAAUGUUGUCAACUCUAUGCCCCCCCCCUCCCCUCCACCUAUUCCCCCAACCUGUUUCUUCCUCAGAUGGCCUGCUGGGCUGGUAACCUUGCCCUUAAACACGCCCACCCAGAGUUUCCUGCUGAUGUGUUUACACUUUUUGAGACAGUUGGAGCCAAACUUGUUGUCUGUAAGUAAAACUGGCAUGAUGUAUCCUGGAAAAAAGUGUCACCGAAUAAUUAUGUAAUUUUUUUAAAUACGUGGUUGUAUAUUUAAAUUACACAUAUUAUACACAUAUUGGAAGAAUUGAAUCAGUAAUUUUUAGUGUCCGAGUGUUGCAAUUAUUACAAAUGGCAAGUUAUUUGUAAAAGUAUUUUAUUUGGGGCUUUUUUGUACCCCUUUUUUUAUAAUUUAUUCCAGACUUCAUUAUGUACUUAUGGGCAUUACCAUUUUUUAACUAGAUAUUGUUUGCUUAUCUUGUUUGAAUUUUUUUGUUUAUUUUAACAAAAGGAGACACACAUAAUAUAUACAAACUGUUGUUUUUUUAAAAUUCAAAAUCUUUAGAUGAUGGCGAUGGAACUCAAAACCAAUACUCAGUUCAGGAUUUCCUUGGCAUUGACCUGAAAGGAAAGGUCAUCACAGCAGCCAUCCUUCCGAAAUUCACUUCCACAGGUGUCCGUGUUCAGACGUACAAGCCAUCACAACGGUUACAGGUAAGACUUUUAACUAAUCAACUUGUCAGCCUAGCAAGGCGGCUGCUCUCAAGGUGGGAAAACCUUCAGUAAAACAUUCCCAGCCACCAAAGAUUGAAGACAGAAAUCAAAUUUGCAGGCGUUAAAAAUGAUCCUUCUACAUUCCCACAACAUUGGUUUUUUUUUUUUAUUAAAGAAAACCCAACUAUAAAGAAACCCAACUAUAAAGAAAACCCAAUUAUGAAGAAAACCCAACUAUAAAGAAAACACAUGCAUCCAUCCAUCCCUGUGGCGCUCAGUCCAUGUAGGGCUUUGGCCUGCCUCACCACUUCCUUCCACUCAGACCUAACUAAUGCCUUUAUUUUCCAUGCUUGGACUUUCAACUGCUGUAGAUCAUUUUCCACAUCAUCUAUCCACCUAAGCCUAGGACUGCCUUUGAGCAUUUUUCCUCUGGGGUAUUGGUGAUGCACCCUCUUCGUUCCUCUGUCAUUUGGCAUUCUCUCUAGGUGUUCUGCCCAGCGUAGCCUGCCUCUUUUUAUUUCUGCCUCUAUCGUAGGAUCCUGAUAUAGACUGUAUAAAGAAAACACACCCAAACUAUUACCAUAAAUUACCAUAUAAUGGGAGAAAUUUAUGGUAAAAAAUGCUACAUAAAUUAGUUAUGGGUUGGUGUAACGUACAUGCUCUGACAUCAUUAUCAUUGUAACUUAUUUCUUAUGCUGUGGGUUAUGUCAGUAGCAUGGUUACUUGUUUUAAGUUAGUAAAUCAGUAAUUCAAUAUGCCGGCUAAGACUUCAUCGUUCUUCCUCUUGCUAUCCAGGCACGCAAAUAAGAAUACUGAAUCCUGGUUAAACUUACAGUACUUUAUUGAAUCACAGUUUACACAGAUACUAUUAAUAAUAAUCCUUGCAUGAAUGUAAUCAUUUCACAUAUAUCCAUAUAAUAUUCCAUCACUCAGAAAGACACGUCCUCACACUACUAUAACUCAGCUCAACUGUGCUACAUCUCAACUCUAACUCAACUCUGACCAACUCUGACUCUUCUCCUGCGCUCCGCUCUCCUUAUCUCAGUCAACUCAUACUUUAUUACCAGCAAAGCGUGGAAAACAACCGCUCUGACAAAAACAUAAUUUUACUCUCCAAAAACGUGGAGCUCACAUUUGUUCUCAAAAAUACAAUCCAUAGAUUGUCUCUCCUCGUGGAAAAAACAUGGUCAACACUAUUCACUGUUCACUCAUGCUACCUCUCUGUUUUCAUGUGAAAACAUAGUCCGUUACAGUUGGCAUAAUAAGCAGAUACGCUUGUAAGCCAUUUUUAAACAAUAUAUUAGACUAAUGCCUAUGCAACUAGACUACUGUACUGCGCAUUGUACUGCGCUUAAAGAAAAUGAUGUAAGUAGCGCCCCUUGACGUGAUAACAUUGUUUGUUACUGCAUGACCACAGUUCAUUUACAAAAUUAUAAUGUAAGGAUUGGGACAUUUUUAUUUAAAAUUAAUUUUUUGUUUGUUGUUAAUUUGUUUUGUGUUAUUAUUAUAAUUUUAUGGAAAGAGAUUAACAGAUGUCAUUGUAUGUGGACAUGUAAAUUUAUGGCUAAAAAGCCAUUUGAAAAAUCGAACAAAAGGGUAGGGGCUCACUUUAUACGUUGAUCAUGACAUAUUUGGUAAUACACGGUAGUUACUUCUUGUCUUGAGAAAAAACAAAGAGGGCCCCCCCCCCCUUUUUUUUUUUUAUUUCCUGAAAUUUAGGAUAUUGCUUUCCCUAAUUUAUUAUUUAAAGUUUAGUGACCCUAAUUUCAAUGCUUGUAUUUGCAUAAUUUCAAUGUUUUUAUUUUAAAAUCAAACAAAAGGGUAGGAGCUGACUUUAUAAGUUGAUCAUGACAUAUUUGGUAAUACACGGUAGUUAUUUCUUGUCUUGAGAAAAAACAAAGAGGGCCCCCCCCCCCUUUUUUUUUUAUAUGUCCUGAAAUUUAGGAUAUUGCUUUCCCUAAUUGAUUAUCUAAAGUUUAGUGACCCUACUUUCAAUGCUUGUAAUUGCAGAAUUUCAAUGUUUUUAAUUAAAGUGCUUUAUAUGCUUGUGUAUAUACUUUUCAUAUAAUUUAAAUUUGGGUUUUGUUCCAGGUAGUCUGUUAGUGGAAUGAACAAUACCCCCCCCCUCCAAACCCCAAUUUUUACCUUAUUAAUUUUAAUGCCACCAUUCAAAUGCCCAUAUCACACAAUGAAAAGAGCAACUUGAGCUGAAAUAGUUGCAUAGACAGAAAAAGCCAGCAGAGAAAUAGCCAGCAGAUUUUUCUCUUAUUUUCUGAGCUUUUACAUUUUUUUAGUGACUGAAACAGAGAAAAGAUAAGAUUAUUUUAUGGAUCAAAACAAAUAGAAAUGUAUUAUUAUGAUUACUUUGUACAUUAUUCAUUCUCUGAAGGUUAUUAAGAAAUUUAAAAAACCAGACUGUAAAGAAAGACUAUAUUUUAAAAAAUUGUGAUUAAAAUAAUUUUAAAUCAUAAACAAAAUCUAAGUCUUUUGAAACUUAACUUACUCCUUUUAAUUUGCUCAGGCAAGUCAAGGUUAUGUCAGCGCAGGCUUCUUGGUAGAUGUGGACACAAGUCAAAAUUUCCUGGUGAAGAACAAGCCAUCUAUUGUCAUUCAAGGAAUUAACUCACAGCUGGUAAAUGAAACAGAUUAAAAAACAGAUUUAAAAAUUUUGUUGGCACAAACAUAUUUUGUCUCUCAUAUAUUUUUAACUCUUAAUUCUAGCAAUAUAUUUAAUACCUUCAACUCUAGCAGUAUGCCCUUUUCUCCCAACUUAAGAAAUAAAUUGUUGACUCUUAAAUCUAGCAAUAUAUUUAAUUCAGUUUGUCCUUCUCUCUCAAUUCUAGAAAAAUAUUAUUGACUCUAAGUUCUAGCAAUACAUUACUUUCAACUCCAGCAGUGUAUCCUUGUCUCUCAACAUCAGCCAUACCAAUUUAUUUUUUUCAUCUAUUUUGAGUCUUAUUGAUAUAACAUCGAUGAAUAUUUAGUACAACAUAUGAUCGUUAAAAUUCUCUUCUCAUAUUUUAUUGACUUACUCAGACCCAUGCAAUCCAGACCGAGUCCUUCCUAACAAACAAAAAGUUGGGUGACCCCACUGUGUUACAGAGUAAGAUACAAUAGUUUUCUUCUCAUAAAGUGAAAGAAAUUUCUUUAAAAACUAAUUUAGGUUUUUAAAUUUAUGAAAUGGCUUAAAAUUAAGUAAUUUUUUUUUUAAUAGCAAAAAAAAAAAAAUUUAUGAAAAGAAAUUAGGUUUAAAAAAAAUUAUUUUGUAGAUUACGAAAUUGUGCUUCAUAAAUUUUAAGAUAAGAUUAGAAAAGAUCAGAUUCUUUUAUUGAACCCAAAUAAAAGGAAAUGCGAAUUUAUUACUUUGAAAUAAAGAGCAUAUGAAAUAAAAUUACAGAAAGUGAAGAUUCUGAUUAAAAUUUAAACCACCAAAAUUUUAAGUAAAGACAUUAUUGUCAUUAUUAAAGGAAUUUUUACAACAAAAAAUACAUCAUCAGCACCUUACAAACUCAUCAGAAAAUUAUGCAUAAUUGUUGAAACUUCAUGGACUGAAACAUAUUUUUUUAAAAAUAUAUUUGUUCAGAUGCCUUGUCAAUUUUGACAUCUGAACUUAUCCCAGAGACACGGACCGGGUGGUCCAGUGCUACAUACAGGAGGUCUGUUGCUUUGGGCUUGUUCUACAAGGUGGGCUGGCUUUCUGUUCAAAUAAAAAUUUAGCCUGAAAAAUGCACGAAAAAAGAAAUGGCAGCAACUUUAUAAAAAUGUUAGCACGGUGUUUGAACUUUGAUCUACAUUAUUUUUCAUUUAUGUGUUGUUUAUUAUUCGGAUGUCUGCUAAAGAAGGUAUCAUGUCAGUUUACUUGUCACAUAGCUUGUUACACUAUUUUUCUGUUGGGAGGGGGACAAAAAUCUUGAACCCCUUCAUGCCCCUUGAACCCCUUCAUGCUCCUGAGUUGGCAAAUUUUUGUGAUUGAUCAACCAUUUUUAUAUAUCAAAUCUGCUAUGAAAAUAUUUUUCUAGCCACAUUUCCUUAUGGAUUAGUAAAAAAAACGGGAAUUUGAUAUUAGAAACACACAUACCAGCAAUUUAGCUAGUAAGGAGAGCAGGGCAGCAGCAGCUUAUGCUAACAAUUUUAUAUUGGUGUUAUCUUCUGGGUACAAAAAAGGUGAAUAGAAUUUUAUUAUACUAGGACCAGUUGUAAUAAUGUUUUUUGCCCAAAUAAUUUUUUUUUAAAUACAAUAAUUUUAGGUCUACAAAUGACAUAGAAUAUGGCAGAUAUGGGGCGUAUUACAUGACACAAAGAUUUUUAAAAAAAGGAGAUUUUAAGUUUCAGGUUAUUAGAGAACAUUAUUUUAAUUGAAAAAGGAUGUGUCCUCCUUUUGGAUACCACAUGGUAACCCUAGUUAUGAUGAUAGAAAAACAUAAGUAAUUAUUUGUUUAAAAAUAAUCAUGACAAUUAUAAAAAUUUGAUUUAUAAAGUGAAUAAAUGUCAAUUAAAUGUAAUAAGCAUUUAGUUCAAUAGUUGCCUGAAUUUUUUGUUGUUGGUCAGGUGAAUAAUUUAUUUUCCACUAUUUCAGUUUGUUUUGAAUGUUUGCCAAAGCAAAGCUGACCCACGCUAUGUCAGUGGAGGUACUGGCCUAACUAGAACACCGAUUGUGGGCACACAGGAUUACGGGACAGAUCCAUCAGAAUAUCCAGUCUCACAGGCCAUUCCAAAAAUUACUGCCGAGUAUUUGGUGAGAUAAACAGAUUAUUGAUUUUUUUUGUUUUUUCAAUCAUAUCCUAAUUAUUUAUACUAUUUCCUUGGUGGUAAUGGCAGAAUAAGGAAUGCUUAUGUCCUGUAAUUUUUUUCUAUGAUAAAAGGUGCUGGAACUAAUUUUUGUUUAAUUAAACAAAUAUAUAUAUUCUGCCGAAAAUGGGAGCCAGAACGCUUAUACCAAAAUAUACAAACUCAAUUGAUUUUUAAAAAAAACACCAGAUAAAGCUGCUGUAAGCCUUUAUAUCUGGUUUAGAUAAAUUAAGAUGUCAAAGUCGCUGCUCUAACUUAAGAUUGUAUACAACAAAUAAAACAUUUGUGAUCUAUUUCCAUUAGACAAGUGGAACUGGUAAAUUCCUUGAUGACCUCAAUGAUGAACCUGGACAGCUGCACGCUGCCCCCGUCAUCAGCAGUGUGGGGAAUGCUGAGAUUGAUGUCAUCGAUGCCUCUUUAGCAUUAGUAAGAUUUUGUGUUUUUAUCACACUGAGAUUAACUUUCCCACAAGCGAAGUCAAUUAUAAUAACAAAUAGUCAUCCUGCACAGUAACAUGGGAAGACUUGAUUUUUAGUGAAGGAAGUUAGUUAUAUAGGAUAGUAUAUGAUCUUUUUUGUGAUAUUUUUGUGUGUGUGUUCUGUUAACCAGUCCCUUUAUUUAAAUUACAUAAAGGAGAAUGCCAGUCUCACUUUUCCCAAAGGCCUAUUGUUAAAUCAGUGGUUCCCAACCAGUUUGACUCAUGAGCCCUUUUUGGAACUUCAUUGGGGGAGCCUUUUAGGCAUACCCUGUAUAUUACGAUUUAAUAGUGUUUUCUUGUUUCCUGGAGUGGCCACAGAGCCCCUGACAAGCAAAUAAUACAAUGUAUAAAUACUGAUUUUGUAAAAAAAUAAUAGUUCACGCGUCUGUUAAAAAUAACCUGGUUUUUCUUUCAAUGAAAAAACCAAUUAAUUUACGGCAUUUCUGAUCUGAUGGCAUAACAGAUCUCUUAACUUGCCAGAAAAACCAUUGUUUACAAGAAUCAUCCUGUCAAAUUGAAAGCAAGUGGAAGUUUCUUUAAAAUUGGAAAACAUUUUAAAAGAAAACAAUAAGUACAUUUUUAGGCUUUAAACUAAAUAAAAUAAAAAUAAAACAAUCCCUUCCAUCUGCAGUUCUACAAUAGGCAAAUAAUUUCAUGUUUAUAUUAAUGCCAUAAAUAACAAGAUGCUUAAAAUUAUUUAGAGGGUUAAAGAAACAUUGCGAGUCAGAUUUCUUCCAACAUCCUUGCUGUGACGUUCCGACUUUGUUAUUAUUGUUGAAAAACAGGUUGCACAUAAUUGAUGACAUAAUAUGAAUUUCUAUUUUCCAGUCACUCCCUGGUGUUACUGCAUUCAUCAAGGCCUCGGACAUCCCCAAAGGUGGAAAAAAUGACUGGAUGCCAUUAGGUCCUCUUGGGCCAGGACCCUAUGACCAUCAGGAGGUGCUGAGGAACUCUUCUCUUUACAAAUUAAAAAAAAAAUUCUUUUUUUAAAUUGCUUUUCUAAAUCUUUGUAACCAGUAAAUAAUUUCUUUUUACUAUUUAAAAGUAUUUGAUGUGCAAUUUCUGAAGUUUGAAAAUUACAAAUAUAGUUUUUUUUCCCCCCUUUUGAGACCUUCUACAACACAUUAUGCAUAAGUUUGCAUAACACUCCCUGAGACUUGUACAUAACAUUUUGAACUAUGCGCAACACUCUAUUUAGGUUUGUGAAAGCUAAUAAUAUGCUUCAUAAGACUUUUGUAUUGCAUUCAAAGGCUUGCACAACACUUUAUGAAAAUAUUCAGAAAUAUUUUUCUUCCACUUAGCUGUUGAGCAGUGGAGUAAUCAACUAUGCAGGACAAGCCAUAGGAAUUAUUGUUGCAGGUAUUUCUCUCUUUCUUGAUCCACUAGUUCAAAAAAAAGUUAUAUCAUUUUGUAUCCAUCUGUUAUUUAUUUAUUUGCUAAGAAAUCAUUUAUAAGAAGUAAGUUAUUAGGCUGUGUCUUUUUAAACUGUACAAAAAAAAUAAUUUUAAUUUGAAAAAUUCAGAUUCUGAAAUCACGGCACAGACUGGUGCAAGCAUGGUGAAAGUAACUUACAAGAACAUUAAGCCUCCAAUAGUUGACAUCUUGGAUGGUAUCCAGCAGAAAUCCUUUUUCCCUGAUCCACCACCGCCUACCAUUGUUGGUGACCCCAAAGGUAUAUGUAAUAUAGAUUUGCUAGUUUUUGAAGAAUUAUUUAAUUAAAGCGAAAAUUUCAAAAACUAUUCCUUUGGAAUUUCAUUUAAAAUAAACAAAAACAAAUAUUAUUUAUUUGAAACCAAAUAUUGUUUAAAGAAUUUCAUCACCAUAACAACACAUACACCAACAUAUCAAAAUUAUGUCAACAAAGUAUGAACACCAUAUCAAACAUCAAUUUUGUCAAAAGUUCAGUCACUCUCGGGUAGCCGCAGAAUGAACUCAGCUAAUUUCAAAUUAUUGUAAUAUGAAAAAAAAAACCCCAAGAAGAAUAUGUAUAUUAACUGUUGCAUACUGUCAUUAGAAUGAUGUGGUGAUUCAGGCCAGGCCCUGCAUGGGCUGCAGUGCCUUAUGAUGAUGAUGAUGCUAUAAUUAUGUCCUAAUCAAUAAUACUGUUUCUAUUUCUUGACACAAGAAUGCUUUCAAUCUGAAAGCUGUAGACUCAAGACCAUUUUUAAAAAUAUUAAAUCCCUCCACCCUGCUCUUCUAGGCGCAAUCGCCGCUGCUCCCAAUAAGAUCAGUGGGAAUAUCCGUUGUGGUGAUCAGUAUCACUUCUACCUGGAGACACAGACCUCCAUCUGCACACCCACCGACAUCGGCGGCAUGAAGGUCAAGGCCUCAACUCAGUGGCUGGACGGAGUUGGAAUGACGGUAUCCCAGGUUCUUGGUGUUCCUCAGUCCAGGUGUGUUGAGACUGAUAAUCGUAUGUUUUUGCCAGCAAUACCAUUCUUAUCUGCACAAACAGAGCUUCUCAUUACUUACAAAGUUGAAAAUCACAAUUUUUUUUUUUUAGUGACCAAAUUCAGGAAGUAAAAUGACUCUGCUUUUUAAAUUUCAGUGUGGAAGUUACAACAGAAAGACUUGGAGGAGGGUUUGGUGGAAAGAUAACUCAGAAUUUCAUAGUGUCUGGAAUGUGUGCCCUUGCAGCCUAUAUUGUAAACAAGUAAGUUAGGGAAUAGUAAAAGUAAAGAAGUAUUGGAACAUUGUUCCAUUAAAAACAUUGUUAGGAAUAACUAAAAAUGCUUUCCACUGGAUGACUCAUCUAGUUGAUGAUUUAACCCUUUACAGGGCAGAGGUACUUCCUCUUGCAUGUCCUGAAUGGGCACUACUUUUCCAUUUUUUAGUAAGAUUUAGGGCUAUGUUACAAAAAAAAUAAAAUCUAAGGUGUUAGUCAACAAAUUUGUGUGAAAUGAAAAGCAAAAUAAAGGAAAAUGAAUGUAGGUUUAUUAUUGAACUCACAUGUUGCCAUUAAUCCUCAUAUGAACACAAAUAUUUGCAAAAAACAAAAUUGUUUGUGAUUGUGAGUUAUCUAUUCACUAUUGACAAACACUGCCACAAAAUCGAAGUUUGUAAAAUUCAACACUGCUAACUACGCUGAUUUCACUAAUAUUACUAAUAAUAUUAAUAUCUAGUUCCAAUUUACAGUCAAUUCGUGCACUUUAAUGUCACUUAAAUUGAAUCCAGCGAAAUCUCCGCUAUCACUUGAAUAAUAGGCAAAUAAUCUGCAAAAUCCAUUUCGAACAUUUUUUUUUUAAAGCCUCGGAGGUCACGAGAAAACAAAACUAUGUCGUCACGGACGCUUUUGGGCGUUUUGCCCUUUAAGUGGUAAAGACGUUUUCGGCCGCUCUGCUCCGUAAAGGGUUAAAUGGUCUUCCUUUUUUUUUAUCCCAUGGAAUUUGUUUAAACCAGGUGUAAGAUAAUUUAUAAAUUAUUCUUUUUAUAUUACUUUCAGAUAAUUUGAUAUAGACAUUAAACAUAUUAAAUGUUGAUUUUUCUUUCAUUUCUCUGUCCUAGUUGUGUUGUUAAAAAUAAAAAAAAAGUUUUAUAAAAUAUUUUUUAAAAACUGGUUGAACUACGAGGUUAAAUUGACACCAUUUCCUUUUUGUCAAAUACUAUGAUCACACUUUUUAAGUAAUUGUGUGUAUGAAAAAUAAAUGUAAAAAUACAUUUUUUUGUUUAAACACAAAGACCUGUAAAGAUGCACCUGGACAUUCAUACCAACAUGAAAAUGCUUGGCAAAAGAACAGCUUAUUACGCCGAGUACGAGGUAUGUUGGUCAAUGUUGGUCUUCAUUAGCCCAUUCACCACAUUCUUUAUAUUUUCUUUAUUACUCUUUAUAUUUUCUUUACUAAUAAUGGCAGUAUUUAAAAUUUUUAUAUCUACCUGUUAAAUAUAUAUUAAGAUAAAAAAACAGAUAUUGAAUGCCAUUUAUUUACUGGAAAUAAUAUUUAAUUAUUUUUUUAACUUCCAGACCGCUGUCAAUUUUGAUUGUUUUUUAUGUACCCAUUCCAGGUGGGAUUUGAUAACAAUGGCACACUCCAAGGUAUCAUUGUUACUGGUUAUGGGGAUGACGGUGUCUCAACAUUCGAUGGGGACCCUUCCGAACUGCUUACUUGGAUUGACAAUGGUUGGUUUUCAUUUUGAAAAAAAAUCUUGCAACUCAAAUUUUUUUGAGUUGCAAGAUUUUAAUAAUAAACAUGUUAUUGAAAGUUAUAAUGCUACAAAUUUAAAUUAAAAAAUAAAACUAAAGCCUCACUGAAAAAAACAAAGAACAUGUAGGCAUAAAUCAUUUAUCUGAGAUGCCGUUUAUAGUAUAGAAAGCAGGGAACUAUAAAGAUAAGUAGAAAUAAAAUAGAACAAGGUGAAGAUACCGCUGACGCUGUACAAUCGUGUGGUCGCUAGGAUAAGCCUUACAAUGGCGUGUUUACCUUGAAGCUGUUCGAAUAAUUGUCUUUUACAAUUAAGUUAAUAUUAUUGCUUGCUCUGUUCCAUUUUUAUUUCAUUUGAUUUAUUGUUUCCUGCAAUUUCCAAUCUAAAUUUUAUUAAUUCAAUUUGGCUGUUAUUUUCAGCCUAUUAUUGUCCCAACUGGCUUUUUACACCAAUUCCUGUGAGAACCAACAAACCAGCAAGCACAGCAUGCAGAUCACCGGGUGAGUUGCUUUUAACAAUGAAAUUAAGAACCGAUAAGUUCUUUAAACAUUCACAAGUGUUGCUGAUUUUUUAAAAAUGAAUGGUUAUUUUGUUUAAAUUAAAAAAAAAAAGAAAAAUGUGAAAUCUUUUGUUAACAAGCUGACAGAAGAUGACAUCCUAUAAUUUUUAUAGAGAUAAACCCAGCUCUAAUUUUGAGUCAAGUGGAAAACUAUAAAAAUGUUUUAGCUGGAUUUAAACAAUUUAAAAUAAGUUAUUUAUAAGUUUGCAAGCAAAUAAAAGUGGGUUUGCCAAAUACCUCAAUUAUUAUCUAUAAUAAUAAUUCCGGAAUGGAUCUUUCUUGUCCGCCAUGGUUUCAUAGCGCACCCUGCUGCGCAUUCCUUUGCUGCAUCCCCCAUCAAGCUCUUAAUCUUGUAUGCACCAAAUGCACACAAAAGAACGCCUAGAUGAUGAACUUUGAUGCAAUGACUGAUUGGCCUCUAAAGGACCUGGCAGAAAUAUUUAAAUUGUAGCUACAAACUUGGAAUGGACAGUAUUUUAACACGCGCAUCGUGGUCGUGUUGUCCCAGCUGGUUAUAGUAUUACCUAAUAGGUCUAUAGUGUUGGGUAGUCAUGUAGGCAUAGGGUUGAAUAAUGAAGUAGUAAUAAAACUUACUUUCUUAUCAAUUAUUUCGUAGGCUCCACGCCAGCCAUCUUUAUAAUGGAAAGCAUCAUUGAACAUGUGGGCAAGGCUCUGGGCAAAGACCAGUACGCUGUUAGGAAGCAAAACCUCUAUAUCAAGGGUCAGGUAAGUGGUCUGUGGGCAAAGAAAAGUAUGCUGUUAGGAAGCAAAACCUCUAUAUCAAGGGUCAGGUGAGUGGUCUCUAGGCAAAGACCAGUUUGCCGUUAAGAAGCAAAACCUCUAUGUCAAGGGACAGGUGAGUGGUGCUUGUUAACAACUAGAAACACAUUGUGUGGUUUGUUAACAUCUAGUACCACAGUGUGUCGGUUUUUAACUUCCAGCAACUUAUUGUGUAGGUUUUUAAUAUCUAGCAACACAGAGUGUCAACUAUAAUAUUACUACAAUUUUGAAAAAAAGUUUUAUUUAACUAAAUUAAACUCAUAUUUUUUCUUUACCCUUACAAAAAUUAAAAUUAUAAGGUAAAUACAAGUUCUAUAAGUUACUAUAAAUGUGGAUACAAUUUUUAAUGAGAUAUUGAAUACUUCUCAUGACAUUUGUUCUUCAGCCAUUUUCUUCAAUGACACAUUUUCAGAAAACACCUGGUGGCAUGCCCUUAAAUUACUGCAGCAUUCGUGAAGUGGCUGCUCAGUUUGAGGACCAGAUCAACCUUGUUAAACGUCAGCAAGACGUGGCAGCUUUUAACCAGGUUUGUACACACAAAAAUUUGUGUGGGGGGAAAGUUCCCGCUACUAAAAUUGAAACGAAAAUUUAAAAAAAAAAAAAAAUCUCUUUAUCAUGUUUAAAAGUGUGUUAAAACUGCUCAUAAAAGUGUGUUAAAACUGCUAAUUAAAGUGUGUUAAAAUAACUUAUUAAAGUGUGUUAAAACCGUUCAUUAAAGUGUGUAAAAAUAGCUCAUUAAAGUUGUGUACAUGAUCCAGUUCAUAUACAUCUUUGUAUGAUAACAUUGAUUUCUAUCUUAACAUUGUAUUGUAUCUUAACAUUGAUUUCUAUCUUAACGCUGAGUUUUCAAAAGAACACCGUUUAUUGCCCCAUUUAACAGGCCAACAGGUGGAGGAAACGUGGACUUGCCCUGAUGCCCAACAGGUUUGGCAUCGGUUGGUUUGGCGCCCAGUACAACACGCACGUGAUCAUCUACCAUCAGGAUGGGAGUGUGGUGGUUGCGCACGGGGGCAUCGACAUGGGUCAAGGUAUCAACACGAAGGUAAAUUAAUGUUCUGCUGGGUGCUGCUGUGUUAUGCUCUAAAUCAAACUUGUUAUGAGUUCCACCGUAUGGUAAACAACCUAUACAACAUGAUUUUUCUAAUCAAUGCAGAAACGAUUAUGUCAUCACAGCUGUAGGAUAAAGUGAAACAUAUUUUUGCCACUGUAGUUUGCACACAACAGUGAUGAGAAAGAAUUAUAUUUUUUUAGGCUGAACAAUGCAAACAUCAUUAUAUCAAGCACAACUGCAAAACAAAGCACAAAUAUUUACUGUCAAAGCUGUUUGCACCCAACAGGGAUUAAAAAGUAUAACAUUUUUUUUUUUUAGACUAACCUUGGCAAAGACUUCAAAGAGUAUUAUUGCAAUCUGUGCUUACUUUGGCACAGAGUAUAUGUUGCAAUCUGUGCUUACUCUGGCAAAGAGGAUAUAUUGCAAUCUGUGCUUACUCUGUCAAAGAGUAUUAUUGCAAUCUGAUCUUACCUUGGCACAGAGUAUAUGUUGCAAUCCACAUCGAUUGGCUUUGGCACUUCAAGUGCAUUCACAUGUUCUGAUUAACAUAACAGGAGUCCGAUUUCAAGAAGAACGUAUACUUUAAUCUAAGCCUCUCUAACAUCUGGAUACAAUAAUUGGAACACAUAGAGCACAGUUUGAUUCUGAAAAACCGUACAACCUUCUCACUCAUUUCUCAGACUGCGGCUGCUCAACGAAUAACACAUACUCAAAAGUCAAGACUGUAGACACUAUGUCACAGAUACAAAAAAAUCAUGUCUCAAGCCUCAUGGCGGCAAAAGCUUUCAUUAACCAAACUAACACACAAGAAAAUAAAACACCACAUUCUGUGCACUGCAGUUCCAAUACAAUAAAACACCACAUUCUGUGCACUGCAGUUCCAAGACAAUAAACACCACAUUCUGUGCACAGCAGUUCCAAGACAAUAAACACCACAUUCUGCGCACAGCAGUUCCAAGACAAUAAAACACCACAUUCUGUACACAACAGUCACAUGACAUGCUCGACAUCUUCAAGACAAGUAGUAACAAUCAAUUCCAAAAAGCAUGAAAUUUUGUAACAAGGUUUCAAACAGCUUCAUGCAAAGGGUUAAUUAAGUUCUCACAUAUUUUAAAAAGACUUAAAAAUUAAAUAGCACUUAGACUAAGAUAGCAUGAUUAACCCCUUGAAGUUUUUAAAUAAAAGAUUCUAAUUUUUAUUUUAAGUGAUUUUUUGUGUCUUAUGGUCUAGACUUGUCGCUUGACAUAAAAUGAACAAAAUAAAAUAAAACUAAUUUUUCCUUAAGAUUGUUCAAGUCUGUGCCUAUGAAUUUGGUAUCCCAAUGGAUGGUAUCCGUGUGACAUCAUCAUCCUCUGUCAUCAACGCCAACUCUGUCACUUCUGGGGGAUCCAUAACCUCUGAGUUGUGUUGUCUUGUGAGUACACUCUGAUUGAACCCUGUAAUGUCAUUUUCUGGCCGGCACUGAUUCAACCCCUUACUGGCCAGUUCUGGCCAGUAGUGAUUCAACCCUGUUACAGCCAGAUCCAGUAACUUAUCUCGCUGUUUACACAUUACUGUACAGAAAGCAGAAAUCUAACUAUUUAAAUGAAAAUCUCUUGAGUUUACUUCCGUUUUUUUGUUAUUUUCAACAAUGCUUUAUUUGAAGAUCAGAUUUAUUGUCUUAAUUUGUUUUUUUCAUGUAUUUUAGGAAUUUAUUGUAGUUUGACUUUUAUGAAUGCACACAACACAAGCCUUGGGAAAUUGUAUAAUACAAUGCAUAAAGCAACCCAUUAUAAAGGAUAAUCAAUUUGUUUCAUAGAAAUAUACCAUAAGACGACUGGGCAUAUAAGACGACCCCCCUACUUUUCCUGUUAAUAUAUAGUAUUUGGACCGUAUAUUAGCUGAUAAGAUGACCCCCAAGUUUUGAAAAGAUUUUUAUGGGGUUUAAAAUAUGGUACAUUUGUUGGUUUUUGUUGUUGUUUUUUUUCUAAACCACGUAUGAUGAAUGGGGAGUUCCCUUGGCUAGAAAGGAAAAUGAAAGAAAAAUUAAAUACAAAAUAAAUAAAAAAUGGCUGAGGUUGCUAAGGACGACAUUCCUGAGUGCCCAGAAUUGAGUGGGUUAAGUAGAGGCUUGAUGUGUUUCAUUUCAUUAAAUUUGUUCUUUGUUUUUUCUUUAUACAUUAAUCAUUUUUAAAAAUAUAAAGUGGGGAAUAGGGUUUAGCAAACUAACUGGUUUUUUUUACGUUUGGUUUUUGAGCAUUUCACUUAUUCCUGUUUCUAAUUGAGUCUCUUUUAUAACAUCUAGUAUCACAAGGCCAUUUAGCUUUGGAGGUUAGAGAGAGAAAUCGAAAAACAUAAAAAUUAACUUUGAGUCUGAGAGUAUGAAAAUGUUUUUAAACUUGACUUACUCAUUAUUUCAGGGAGUUAUCGAAGCUUGCAACAUUCUCAAGCAGCGCAUGGCCCCUGUCAAAGCUAAAAUGGUCAACCCAACAUGGAAGGACCUUGUGGCUAAAUGUUAUGAUGAGAUGAUCGAUCUAACUGCAAAUUACGUGUAAUAACUUACAGUAUUUUAAUGUUGUAUUAAUAUCCUAUAAAGGAUAGAAAUGAAAAAGUCAUCCCUUAGACAAGAAUUUACAGAGGAAAACUGCUCAUAUUAGUAAACAAUAUUUACACCGUAAGAUGUUUGGGUCCAAAGCCUGUCAAAAUUUUAAUUUAAAAAUAUUUUAAAGUCCAACCAAAAAACACUAAAGGAUUAUUAUAAUAUUUUUGCACUUAAGACAAAAUAAUGCACUCUACAAUCAUGCAAUUAAAGCAAGUUAAAUAAUUUCAUUCAUUUUGAAUUAAACUCAACUCAGAUGAAACCAAAGCGACCGAAGGCUUUGUAUUGUGGGCAUAACUUCAGAAACAUAUUUGAAGAAGUAUUUUUUUCAAAAGUUUGCAAAAGUUUUUUUUUUACAAUUUUUUAUCAAAACCUUUAAGAGUUUAACUUUGAAAUUUCUGUAAACACAUCACUCUGUGAACACAUCACUCUGAACACAUAACUUUUUGAACACAUCACUUUGUGAACACAUUACUUUGUAAACACAUCACUCUGAACACAUCACUCUGAACACAUCACUCUGAACACAUCACUCUGUGAACACAUCACUCUGUGAACACAUCACUCUGUGAACACAUCACUCUGUAAGCCCAUCACUUUAUAAACACAUCACUUAAGACCACAUCAAACAUACUAAAUAUGUUUUAUAUUAUUUGUGCUUAGAACUAACACUGGCCAUAAGUCCACUCAAAAACAAAUGGGAAAUAAUGGUUUGUUUUUAAAAAAAAAAUUCAAUUCAGUUGUUUACAAAUAGUUUAUAGUAUGUAGCGUUGUUCAUGAAUGCAUUUCAAAUUGUAUUUUAAAAAAAGAAAUUCGAUUAAUGCACAAAAUUACACCUAUAAAAAAAAAAAUAAAAUAGAAGGUAAGAAGGUAACCAGUCAUAGGCACACACAAAAAAAAAAAUCUGCUAAAAAGAAGUUUUAUUCCUUUUCAGGACUCACCAGACUGAUCCAUACCCUAGUCGUUACAACUGUUACAGCAUUGCUGCCGUAGAGGCUGAAUUGGACGUCCUGACUGGACAGUACCAGCUUCGACAAAUGGACAUGCUGUACGACUGUGGAGUCAGGUAAAAUUCUAAUAAAACUUAAAGCAAUAAAUUCAACAAACAAUUUUCUUGUUUAAAAAAAAAAACUCGCUGUUACUUCAAUCUGGAAUAUUGGCAGAUUCCAAUUAAUUUACUUUUUAAAUUUUCUGCUAGCUUUUUUGUGUGUCUUACUCCUCUUCUUUUCAUUUGCAAAUAUGCAACAGAUUUAAAAUAAUCUCCAGAGCAUGUGCUGAGUUAAAAUUUAAAACAAAAAUACAUAAGAUCGGUUUGAUAUAAAUAUAAUUCAAAUCUUUUGGAAAUAAAUUUGUUGAUACCAUACUUUAAAAUUUUCAAUGUUUUUGUUUUACAGUAUAAUAAUAAUUAUCAAUUUACCAAAUAAGUGCACUUAUUUCACAAUAUUCAUUUGCAUUGUUCAUUCAUUAUUUCUUCUAGUAUCAACCCUGAACUGGACAUUGGUCAAGCAGAAGGUGGUUUUAUCAUGGGGAUGGGUUAUUUCCUGCAAGAAGAAAUGAAAUUCGACCCAACUACGGGUCAGGUCAUCAAUGCCGGAACAUGGGUACGGAAGCUGCGUUGGUUUCUUGAUAUUUGUAACAUUUCCAUUAUAUGAAAACAUUAGUUUUGAUAACAGUCAUCAGUUGGCUCCAUUGAUUUUGUGUGAUAUGUUUUCUUGUUUAAAGCCUUUGGUCAGCUAGCUUCUUUCAUGUGGUGUUAGAUCUAUGGUAAGGGUCGGCAACCUUUAGCAGGCUUGCCAGACUUGACAAACAGAACUAUUUUCAGUGGCGCGUAGAUGACCAACAAAUAGUGAAAAAUGAUUAAAAAUGUCUCUUACAGUGUGGCCUUAUUGGUUACUGGCACGCAGAAUGAAUUAGAUAUUGUGCCAAAUAAUAAUAAUAAUUGUUUCCAAAGGGUUGUUGACCCUCGAUCUAUGGAUUUAAGAUAUUAGUUUGAAAAAUGUGCAUGAACUUAUUAUUCCUAGCUUUAAGAUAUUUUAAAAUAGUUGCCAAGGCAAGCAUAUUACUAAUAAAAAUGGCUUGCAAGUUAAACCAACUGUAAAAUUUUACAAAGACAUUUGAAUUACUUGCUGCUACUUGCUUUUCAGGAAUAUAAACCUCCAAUGGCAAAAGAUUUACCAAUGAAUUUCAACUUUACAUUCCUGAGAAAUGCACCCAAUCCACUGGGAGUUCUGCGAUCAAAGGGUAGGUAACUCUGUGGGUUUUAUUGUUUGUUUUGGCAUAAUUUACUAGUGAGUAUAGACAACAAGAAAUUGAUAUUAUUUCAUGCAAAAUUCUUUUCCCUACUUUCAGCUGUUGGAGAGCCUCCCUUAACGAUGGCUGCUGCAGCCCUUCUGGCCAUCAAACAUGCCGUUGAAGCCGCCAGGGCUGAAAUAGGACAGGACACUUUUUUUGCCUUGGGUGAGUUAAAAUUAAACGAAGGUGCUUUUCAAAAUUAAAAAAGUUGUAGCUGAUUUUCUAAUAACAUUGACUUUUCAAAGUGGAAGUUUUUUCUUAAAGAUAUCUAUCAUUGAGCCUUUUAAUAGUUAAAAAAAAAAAAAAAUUGCAACUUUAAUGAAGCAAUAAAUGAAAGUCCUGACUUGGUCAGGCAUUAUUUUGUUCAAAGGUUCUUUUUUAAUUAAGGUUACUUAAAUUUUGUACUCUGCUCUGCACUGGACUCAAAAAGCAUACAAAUAAAAGUGUUGAUCAUAUGGUCAUUUUUAACCGUUUUUUAAAAAGAUUUACUUCUCACAGAUGCUCCGGCUACUCCUGAAAAAGUCCAGACCCUAUGCUUGAAUGACAUUACAAAAUUCACUUUUGGGAAAUAACUUUCAUAAUCAUCAAUUUCCCAAACCGGCUCAGAGAUAAGUUCAAAUUAAAAUACUCAGACUGAUAUUUCUUCAAGGCCUUGUCUUUCAAGUGUGUCAAAGAGAUAACAUUUAAUUCUCAAUGCAGCUUUGUAAUGACAUGAUCUGUAACAAUGAUAACAUUUAAAUCUGAAUGCAGCUUUGUAAUGACAUGACCUGUAACAAUGCUCCUGAAACUUGACUUUUUAUCAGAGUAUUUUUUCAUAUCUAAAAUGAAAUUCGGUUCUCACAAAAAAGUGAAGAAAAAUUUGUUACUCUAAUUUACUUUUAUAUUUUUGUUUGGUGUACAAAUAUUUACAGUAAAUUUACAUUGCAAUAUUUGCAUUAUGUUUCAAUAUCUCAAACCAUGUUGAUUUUAAUCAAGGUGUAAGGGAAGUUAUGAAAUUGGGCUAAUGCCAUAUUUAAAAUGAUAACAUUUAAAUUUUUUAUUUAAUUGUAACAUUUAAGCUUUGCAAUUAAUGUCUGUGUUAAUAUCACAAUCUGUUUAAAUUAGAGCUAUAUUCCUAGCAUUGCAUCUAGGAAAUAACCUCAAACAUUUUAAACUCAGUUGACAUCAUAUUUUACCUCUGUGAUAAUUUACUUCUUUCUUUAAAUUAAAGUUAUACCCACUACUCCUACUGUUAAAUAUAGGAAACUCCAUUUAAUAUUUUUGUGCUGGUAAAUAUAGUUAAAAUUAACAUCAUAUUUUAAUUGUCAAACAUAAUAUUUUUAUUUUUUUUUUCAUUUCCUGAAACUAGAAUUAAGUUAAACCCCUGAGAUAUACAAUAAGUGCAAAGACUAACAAAAUUUGGACCAUGUUCUAUUCACUUGUUUUAAAUUACAAAUACUUAUUCAAUUAUAAAAUGUGUUGAUGCAUUGUGCUAAUAGAUAAUCAACAUACUGGAGUGGUAAACUGGUUACCUUUCAUUUGCAUUAUUAACACAGUGUGCCAGAUAACUUUUUAUGGAAUUAAUUACUUUAUUUAUUAAAUAAGCCCAUUUAUAACAUUUGAAAUUUAGUUACAAGUUCAUUAAAACCAAGUUAUUACCCAGUCUGUUAAUUAACAAAAGAAAAAGCCAUUCACACUUUGCAUUCUUGACUUGCCUGGCUCAUAUCUACAUAGCAUUUUAAGAGUGAAAUUUUUUUUUUUUUAAAUCAUUUACAAAUUUUAUUAAGGCAAUUUGAACAACAAAAUGUUUCAUGCCCACGCAGAAUGUUGAUCUUUUGCCACACAGAAUGUUGAUCUUUUGCUUGAUUACUUCAUGUUUUCUUUUUUUAAAAAGUGGAUAUUUUAUUGCUGGGUUCUCCAGUGUAGUGAAAACCAUGGCAUUGCAAUUGCACUAUCUUUAAUUUAAUGUAAUUUGUAAUGUAUUUCUUUAUUGGGCUUUAGUCUUAAUUAACUUAAUUUUUCUAAUAAUUUAAAAUUUAAAUUGUCUGAUAUAUUAUAAUAUUAGGAUUUUUUUUUAAAAUGUAUACUUUUCUGCAAUUAUAUUUGGAAAUAUCAGAAUAUGGGACUAUAAUUAAUUUACUGUAAACAACUCCAAAAUAUGUGUGCUGCUUCUGCAGUUAAUGAGAUAAACCAUUAACCUUGAGAUUUUAGUGCAAUAUUUACAUCAUGGCCAUAGCCUUGCAGCAUGAUACAUUUAGGAAAGUUUUAAUAAAGACCAAGGUUGGAUGAAGAAAAUCAUUAAAUGCAAGACAAAAUUACAACAAAAAAAUAUUAUGAUAAAACAAAAAAAAGGUUUAGAGAUAAAUAAAAGGAAUUGGAAAAUAAUGUUUUAAAAAAAACUUUGAUUUCAUUGAAUUUGUAUAUGAGAAUUCUGUGCUGCACUAACCAAGCUUCAAUUAUUGUCAUUUGAAUUACCUUGUAUUCAAUGUUUAUUUUUGAAAGUAUGAACCCAACCUAAUUAACAACUUAAAAGAUUUACGUCUUUUCCUUUUCUAGAGUUGUGCCAUACACAUGUUGAUACACAUGUUGAUGCUUCAUAAAAAAAUAAAUUUUAUUUUU